AUGCGUCGAGGGCUCCUCUUGCAGCUCACGGCUGGACUGGCUGCCACCUUUGCUACAGCUUUUGACAACAGCACGAGCCCGACCUCCAUGCAGUCGCCCCUGUACGGCGUGUUCGAUGACCGCCCAGACGGUUGCCCACCGUGUCCCCGAUGCUUCGACUGCCAUUACGAUGAAUUCAAGUGUUUACAAUACGGCAAUUGCAGUGCCACCAACGGCAAAUGUAUAUGUCCUCCUGGGUUUGGAGGAGAAGACUGUGCAGAACCUCUCUGUGGCUCUUUGCCGGACGGAAAGAAUAGAUCCCCGCGGGAAGGCGACAAGUGCGAAUGCAAAGACGGCUGGGAAGGCAUCAAUUGCAAUGUCUGUACCGAAAACAGAGCUUGCGAUGCCCUCAUGCCUCUAGGCACUGGCGGCGUCUGCUACAAGCAGGGCGUGGUCGUACAUGAGAAUUACCAGGUGUGCAACGUUACCAACAAGCCGAUUCUUGAUCAGAUCGAUCCGAGGACUGCCCAGGUUACCUUUUCGUGCAACGCAGAAGCCGAAACAUGCAACUUCCAGUUCUGGGUCGACGAGAAAGAGUCAUUCUACUGCGCUCUGGACACCUGUUCCUGGACUGUUCAAGACACCAAUCUCAAGAAUGUUACAAAAUACGAGUGCGAGAAUAUUAAAUGCUCCUGUGUCCCAGAUCGCUUCUUGUGUGGUGAAAAGGGGACGGUCGACAUUGGCGACUUCCUCCAGGAGGAGAUCAAAGGACCGGCCUCCUUGAUCCAGACGCAUACCUAUGGCGGCAACUCCAAAGAUGGCACACGAUUCGAAGAACCCGCCAUGAAUGACCUCAUCUCCCAAAUCUUUGGUGACGAAUAUAUCUCUAUGGAAUGCCGGUCGGGCGAAUGCUUGUACGAGACCGAAGUCCCUGGUUACAGCAAGCCCGUGAAAGAUAUCAACACGCCACUUAUAGCUACCGUGAUUGCAGGCUGUGCACUACUCGUUGUGGCCAUUGUUCUGGUCUCUUGGUAUCUUGCCCGCCGCGCGGCGUACAAGAAAUGGGGAGCGAUUCGCCUUGGUGAAGGCAUGGACGACGAUGCCGCCCGACUUAUGGUCAAUCACAAGCCUAUGGCUUUGCAGUUCGAGGACGUCUCAUACAACCUGAAAGGAAAACAAAUUCUCACUGGUAUUUCUGGCAUCGCCCAGCCUGGACAGAUCAUGGCUGUUAUGGGCGCAUCCGGUGCUGGAAAAUCCACUUUCCUUGACAUACUGGCGCGCAAGAACAAACGUGGGCACACUACCGGCUCAAUGUAUAUCAACGGCGAAAAGAUACUCGACAACGAGUACCGUAAUGUUAUCGGCUACGUUGAUCAGGAAGAUACUCUGAUGCCAACACUGACCGUGCACGAGACCAUCCUCACGAGCGCCUUGCUCAGAUUGCCUGCCGAUAUGGGCCAGCCCGUGAAAGAGCAACGUGUGGUUGAGGUCAUGCAGCAGCUUGGAAUCUACCAUAUCAAAGAUCAGAUGAUCGGGUCUGAAGAAGGUAAAGGCAGAGGCAUCUCAGGCGGCGAAAAGCGUCGCGUCGGUAUCGCAUGCGAGCUCGUCACGAGCCCGUCCAUUCUCUUCCUGGACGAACCCACCAGUGGACUUGAUGCGUUCAAUGCCUUCAACGUUGUCGAGUGCCUGGUUACAUUGGCGAAGACAUACAACCGUACAGUCAUCUUCACGAUUCACCAGCCACGAUCCAAUAUUGUCGCACUUUUUGACCAGUUGGUACUACUAGCCAAGGGUCGCACUGUAUAUUCCGGCCCAUUCUCGGACUGUCAAGCGUACUUCGACUCGAUUGGAUAUACUUGUCCUCCUGGCUUCAACAUUGCCGAUUACCUAGUUGACUUAACCAUGCAUGCAAGUGCUCCUCGGUCACCUCACCCAGAACAGAUCACUCCAGACUUCAGCGAGCGCGACGUUGGGGGCGAUGGACUUCGUACGGAAUCUAGCAGCACCCGUGCAGUCAAAUCCAUUGCAAGUAUCUCCAACGUCAGUGUCGACACUCCUUCAGUGCGUCCUAAGAAUGCUCGCCGUAUUUCUCUGAAGCAGAAGCAAGAUCGUGCUCUGUUCACCAGGAAGCGUACGGGCGACGACGAGACUGGCCCACCAACUCCGCGAACGGACGACGAGGACAACGAUGGGCUCUUGCCAUCCAGUGGAAGCACUCGCAGCUGGCUUCGCCUCGCUAAGCGGGAUGGCCCCAAUCCACCUCAAAUCAUAGAAGAUCCUGACGCCCUCCCGCCGGACGCAAACACGGACUUGGACAUUUUAGUCUCAGGUUUCAAGUCUUCAGACGUGGCUCAAUCAAUGCACAACGAGAUCGAGGCAUCUGUCCAUGCGGCGUCUACUGCCAACGGCCAAACCUCUACAGACAACGGCCAGGCCGUGACGGGUUCUAUCAAGGGCUUCAGGCGCAUCUCCUGGCCCCGGCAGUUUCUUAUCUUGUCACGUCGAACAUGGCGCAAUCUCUACCGCAAUCCCAUGCUCAUGCUCACACACUAUGCGGUUGCGAUCCUGCUCGCGGUGCUCUCCGGCUGGCUGUUCUACGGACUCACCGAUGACAUUGGCGGCUUCCAAAAUCGUCUCGGCCUGUUCUUUUUCCUUUUAGCCCUCUUUGGCUUCAGCACCCUGACAUCGCUCAACACUUUCAGCUCCGAGCGCUCCAUCUUCGUCCGCGAACGCGCUAACGGAUACUACUCGCCCAUCACCUACUUCGCGGCCAAGGUCAUUUUCGACAUGGUACCUCUGCGCCUCAUCCCGCCCAUCAUCAUGGGCAUGAUCGUCUACCCAAUGUCCGGCCUAUUGCCCAAGUGGAGUGUCUUCCUCACCUUCAUCCUCAUCCUGGUGCUCUUCAACCUCGCAGCCGCUGCUAUCUGCCUCUUCAUUGGCAUCGUCUUCCGCGACGUCGCCGUCGCCAACCUGAUCGGGAGUCUGGUCAUGCUCUUCAGCUUGCUGUUCGCCGGCCUGCUACUUAAUCUCAACCACGACACCGUGCAGACGGCGGCUGGCUGGCUUCAAAUGUUAUCGAUCUUCCACUACGGCUACGAAGGCCUCAUCGUCAACGAAGUCGCCAAACUUCGCCUCAAAGACCACCGCUACGGCCUCGACAUCGAGGUCCCAGGCGCCUCCAUCCUGUCCGCCUUUGGCUUCGACAACCUCGCCCUCUGGAAGGACGUCAUCGGCCUCGCCAUCUUCGGCGGCUCCUUCAUUGUCAUUGCCUAUAUUGCCAUGCAUUUCUUGCUGGUGGAGAAACGAUAG